UGAACUGCUGAAGAAAAUGAAAAAAGUCCACUCAGUUUUGUUCUUCUGUUACUUAUUGCAUCUGGUUGGUGUGUUUGGUGUCAAAACAGAUGAAGUGAAGUCAGUGUCGGUGAUGGAGGGAGAAUCUGUCACUUUACAGACACAUGCACCUGAAAUACGGAAAGAGGAUGUGAUAAUGUGGAAAUUUGGAUCUGGUAUUCCUUUAGCUAAAAUCAAUAAUGAGGCCAGAAAAAGCUCUACAUUUAAUGGUUCUCAUGGGGAAUUUAGAGGCAGACUGCUACUGGAUUUUCAUACUGGAGAUCUCACCAUCACAAACAUCACAAGCAAUCACUCUGGACUUUAUCAACUAACCAUCUCCAGCAAACAGACCCCAUUCAAGAUGUUUAAUGUUACUGUCUAUGCUCGUCUGCCCAUUCCUGUCAUCAGCAGAGACUCUUCACAGAAUUCUUCAUCUAAAUGUGUGUUGUUGUGUUCAGUGGUGAAAGUGACACAGGUGACUCUCUCCUGGUACAAAGGAAACAGGUUACUCAACAAAACCAGUGCUUCUCAUCUCACCACAAAACUCUCUCUACCUCUGGAGGUGGAAAAUCAAGAGAACAACCUCUACAGCUGUGUGAUCAACAAUAACUUCGUAAACCAGACUCAACAACUCGACAUUAAUCAUGUCUGUCAGCCGUGUUCAGAGCACUGCUGUGACCUUUGUUGCAGUUUCACUGAAGCUGUGAUCCGAUUGGUCCUCUCUGGUCUGGUGGGCAUGGCUGUUGUUGCUGUACUGGUUUAUGACAUCAGAUCCAGAGGAGCUGAACAGAAGAGAAAAGGCACCUCCAUCCCCAACAAAGGCACCUCCAUCCCCAGCAGAGGCACCUCCAUCCUCAGCAGAGGCACCUCCUUCCCCAGUAGCUCCACCUCCAUCUCCAGCAGAAGUACAUCCAUCCCCAGUAGCACCACUUCCAUCCCUACCAGCACCACCUCCACCUCAAUCCCCAGCAGCACCAUCUCCAUCCCCACCAGCACCACCUCCACCUCAAUCCCCAGCAGCACCAUCUCCAUCCCCACCAGUACCAACUCCAUACCCAACAGCACCAUGGCAGCAACUCGUCAUGCUGUAAGCCGAGCAACUGAGGUCCUUGAGCAAACAGAAAAUAAGACCUUCCUUAAAAAGACCACAAUGCUCCAUGCCUACAUGCACUUUGAAGCCCUGACUACACACAACUAUUCAUAUUCUUGCUUCAAAUGCGGAUACUAUCCACCAGUGGUUGUCAUGGACCUUCACAGAAAGAGUGUUUUCAAUAUGCCUGUUAUAACAAAUGGGCACCUUGGAAAGAACUCAGCAGUGAUGAGACAGAUUCAGCUGGCCUGUGAGUGGUUGGAGGAGAACCAACACCACUUUACUGGAAAGAUUCGCCUAUCAAAGGUCUUGAAGAUGAAAGAGGAUGAGGCCUUGUUGGCCAUCACAAUGCGGGACCUUUUUAUGAACACCAUGCUCUAUGAAGUUGUGUUUGGUGCUGAGACUGAUCAAGUAAAGACAGUGACGGAGGGAGGUUCUGUUACUCUAAACACUGACAAUGGAACACAAGGAUAUAUUAUGUUAGAGUGGAUGUUUGUACCAAUUAAGUCUAUUAUAGCUCGAGUAGAUGGAGAAUUCAAGAAGGUCUCAUAUGUUGAUAAUAAGCUAUUCAGAGACAGAAUACAGCUGGAUCAGACUGGAUUUCUCACCAUCAGAAACAUCCGAACCAAACACUCUGGUCAGUAUAAAGCAGAGAUCACCAGCAGCAAAGGGACCUCAUCCAAGAUAUUCAGUGUUAUUGUCAAUGAUUCUCCACUAGUUCAUAAACAGAAAGAAGAACUGAAGACCAUGUCAGUGAAGGAAGGAGAUACAGUCAUUCUAAACAAUAAUGGUGGAACACAUGGAGAUGAGCUGAUACUGUGGAGGUUUGGACCUGAAGGCUCUCUCAUAGCUAAAUGUGAUAAAGAGGACAAUAAUAUCUCACUAUAUGAUAGUGCUGACGGGAGUUUCAAAGGCAGACUUCAGCUAGAUCAGACUGGAUCUCUCACCAUCACAAACACCAGAGUUAAAGACACUGGAUUUUAUCAUCUACAUAUCACCAACAACAUAGAGACCAAACACAGGAUAUUCAGUGUUGCUGUCAGUGCUUUAGGUCUGUCUUCAGGUGGUAUAACAGGAAUGUGUGUUAGUGUUCUGCUGCUCGUGGCUGCUACUGCUGCUGCUGGUGUGAUUUACAGGACCUGUAAACCAAAGGUGAAGAGAGUGAUAAUGAUGAAGGGAGAUCCUGUUCCUCUAAGCACUGAUGAUACUCGUAUACAGAGAUAUGAUGUGAAUGUGUAUUUUGGAAAUGCUCUCAUAGCUGAAAUCAGAAGAGGGAAGGUCACACCAGUUGAUGAUGAGUACAGUAACAGACUGCAGCUGGAUCAGACUGCUGGAUCUCUGACCAUCACAAACACCACAGACACAGACUCUGGAGAUUAUAAACUGAACAUCAUCAUCCACAGCAGAGAGAUUACAUACAAGAGAAUAAAUGUUACUGUCUAUGGUGAUAAAGUGUUCAGAAAGCGGAUGAUGGAGGGAGUUUCUUUGACUCUAAACACUACUGAAAUACAGAAAGAUGCUGUAAUAGUGAAAUUUGAAAACACUGUCAUAGCUAACAAAAAACAAAAUGAUGGAAAUAUCUCAUAUGAAGAUGUUCUUGGUGGGAUGUUCAAAGGCAGAUUGCAUGUGAACUUAAAGACUGGAUCUUUUACCAUCCCAAACAGCAGAAUUACAGACUCUGGAGUAUUUGACAUAAAUAUCAACAGCACUAGAGCAAAUAUACAGAAGAGAUUCAAGGUUACUGUCUAUGAUAAAGAGAUGUCAGUGAUGAAGGGAGAAUCUGUCACUCUAUGCACCUCUGAUACUCAUAUACAGAGAGAUGAUCUGAACAUGUAUUAUGAAGACACUCUCAUAGCUGAAAUCAGAAGAGGGGAGAUCACACCAGUUGAUGAGAGAUUCAGAGGAGGCAGACUGCUGGUGGGUCAGACUGCUGGAUGUCUCACCAUCACAAACACUAAAAGCACAGACUCUGGAUUUUAUACACUGAAGAUCAUCAGCGGCAGCAGUGGAGAGAUCACAUACAAGAGAUUAUUUGUGACUGUCGAUGGUGAUAAAGUGUUCAGAAAGCAGGUGCAGGAGGGACAUUCUGUUAUUCUGUACAUGUUUACUGAAAUACAGAAAGAUGCUAUAAUAGUGUGGAGAUUUGAAAACACUGUCAUAGCUAACAAAAAACAAAAUGAUGGAAAUAUCUCAUAUGAAGAUGUUCUUGGUGGAAAAUUCAGAGACAGAUUGCAUGUGAACCUAAAGACUGGAUCUCUCACCAUCCAAAAUGGCAGAAUUACAGACUCUGGAGAAUAUGAUGUAAAGAUCAUCAACAGCAGAGCAAAUAUACACAAGAGAUUCGAUAUUGCUGUCUGUGAUUCCACAGGAAGCAAAAAGAAAGAAUCAACAGUGAUAAACGUGCCUCCGAAAGAGUUGGUUCCUUAGUUGAAUAAUGAGGCUGCUGAUGGAGUGAAUGAAAAUCAGAGCAUGCAUUCAGUUUGAAGAGUUAAAAGAGACGCUCAACAGCACUGGUGUGAAUCGCAGUUACAUCAUCAACAUUUGAAUUCAAUCUACAGUAACAAAAAAAGUUUUUGCAACAAGUGGUGCAUUGCAUGACAUAAUUCUGCUACAAAUUAUCUUAUGCACUAGCAGAGGUCUUAACAAAUCAAAUGAUGAAAGUGAAACUAGAAUGCUGCAUCUGCAAAUUAGGACACACUGAUUUGCAAAAUAAUACACGUUUGUUAGUUUUGAUGCAGGAAUUUUGUUUCUGUUUUCGCUGGUAAUCAUGUAAAAUAUGCUUUGCAAAUAUAUAGUAUUAUUAUCCAUACAUAUUUAAUUGAGGGUGCUCUAACAUUCGUUUGAGGGUGCUUAGCACUUAGCAGUCUAGUUGAUAGUUUCGCUUAAACUUUAUACGUUUGAAUAAGCUGACUUGUGUAUUUGCACAGAUUUAAUCUUGCUUAGUUAUUGAUGUUGGGUGUUUGGUUAGGUGUACCUUUAGGGAAGGGGGCCCCAUUUUGAAAAUCUGCUUAGGGCCCCCAAAACACUAGAGCCGGCCCUGUGUUGAGCUGAGAUACUGAAAUGUAAAAAGUGUGAAGAAACCUGUUUCUGUUUUAAAGUUGAUGCAACACUGGAUGCCAUCAUACAUAUCAAUGAUUAAACCCUAAUCUUUGAUUUUAUACCUGUGUACAGUAAUGUUACUCACUGCAUAUAUCAUAUUAUCGGUUUGACUUUCAUAUCUUUAACAUUGUGUGAUUGUAGUCUGCAAGCUUUAAAUAUCUAAUAAGAAACAUUAGACAUUAUAUACGAAGAUCAGAUUGUACCACAGCAGUACAUCUCUUGGGGUUGGGUAUCGUCAGCCACCUCACAAUAAGACAGUAUCACAAUACGUCACUAUUCGAUAUAUAACGAAACAUCGCAAUAUCAUGAUUCAGUUCGGUAACGAUUCACAAGCUCUUGAUUCAAUUUCAAUUUAUUUGGGUAUUUUUCAGUUAUAAUGUCCAUUUUUGCUCACAAAAGUAAUGAAAUGUGGAACGCUCUGAGUUUGCUCUUAUUUAGAUGAUCUGCUUUUUCUUUAUUAAACUGGACAUGACAUGAAUACACAAAUAACUGAAUAAAAAUAUCAAUACUUGGAUCUAAAGUAUUGAUACAAUAUCGUGAGAUAAAGUGUGGCAAAGUUCUCUAAGUUCUCUAAACAUUGUUUAUUGGUUUAGUACAUAGUUUAAAACAACUGACACCACUAACAGGUUAUUGUUCAUGUUUGAGGUCAGAACUGUGUAUUUUUGGGUCUGCGAAAGCUCUUCCUCACGUGUAGACGAAUCUAGAAAUUCAUCAGACUGUAUAGACCAUUUCAAUGUCAUAAAGACUAAUAAAGGAAUUCCAACACUACUGAUCCUGAUGCAUCUCUAGUAGCACCAUUUUUAAAUCAUG